UUCCAAAAUAUUCUAAAACAUUUUAAGAUAUUGCUCUGCAGGAUUUCACAUAAAUUUUAUCAUUUAAAAGACAUUCCCAGCGGAAUAAUAAACCUGUGAUAAAUCGCAAUCAAAAUCUCACGACCUCUUUAAAAUACGUGUCAGGUCCAUUAUAAUACCCAAGAGCGAAACCCUUUUAGCCCCUUACAGUGAACGCGGUUCGGAUGGGAUGAGAUCUGCGUGUACGGAUAACUUUCGCUAUGGGCAAAGCCGAAUCUUUUGACUUUACAGACAUGGCGAAGUAUAAUAGCGAUGCAGAGUUAACACCGGGUAGCAGCAGAAAGGGGUGUUUUAUCUCGCUAUAUGUGGGGAUUUUAAUUCUUUUUCUGGUGGUAUGUUUGGUGUUAGGGGUCGGACUUUUGAUCUUUUUCGCCAGAGCUGACCAGAACUGUGGAGAUAAGACGGGAUUUUCCGGAGGAACUACGGCGGAAUUAGUUGAAAAAUGCAAGGAUCUAAUUAAUAAAGGGGAUGCGGCUUUAUGUGAAGCAUGCAAAAAAUCUACACCAGCCAUUCCAGUCACGACACCAGCGCCCUCUAAAUUACUGGACGUCCGGCUUCCCACCUCUGCACUUCCGGAACUGUAUACCGUAGAACUCCAGCCCAACAUGUACGAAGGCCCACCGGAACACUUCACUUUUAACGGAUCCGUCCGCAUCCGACUCAAGUGUUACGUAUCUACCAACAACAUCACACUUCAUAUAAAUAAACUUAAAUUGACCGAGGAAAUUCGGGUGACGCCUGUUGAGGCCUCUAAUUCUCUACGUUAUAAGAGACACGAGAUAGACACAACACGCCAGUUUUUAAUUGUGUACACAUCAGCCUUGCUUCAAGUAGGUCAAUAUUACGACCUUUACCUUUCUUUUAUUGGCCCCCUGAAGGACGAUCUACAUGGACUUUAUUUAAGCUCUUACAAAAGAAACAACAAAACUGUAUACGCCGCAACAACACAAUUUCAAGCAACAGACCUCAGGAAAGCAUUCCCGUGCUUCGACGAGCCAGCUAUUAAAGCAAAAUUUGAUAUCACUUUAGUACGCAAAGGUCAUUUGACGUCAUUGUCAAACAUGCCAAAAAUAGCUUCUGAAAAUAGAGGCAACGGUUGGAUAGCUGAUCGUUUCAAAACGACGCCCCCGGUUUCCACAUAUUUGUUGGCAUUUAUCGUCAGUGAUUUCAACUUCAAGGAGGAUGUAACGGCUAACAACAUAACUUAUAGGGCCUGGGCGAGACCCGAGGCUAUAAAUCAGACGGAGUAUGCGCUCUCUGUAGGAACUAAGGUUCUCACCUACUUUGAAGACUACUUCGGAAUCCCUUUUCCAUUACCAAAGCAAGAUAUGAUAGCACUUCCGGACUUUGCUGCCGGCGCCAUGGAGAACUGGGGACUGAUUACGUACAGAGAGACCGCCAUGUUGUAUGACAAGUACGAGUCAUCAGAAUCCAAUAAACAAAGAGUGGCGGUCGUUGUCUCACACGAACUGGCCCAUCAGUGGUUUGGUAAUCUUGUGACCCCGUCGUGGUGGGACGAUCUGUGGUUAAAUGAAGGAUUUGCAAGCUUCGUAGAAUACAUGGGAGUAGACUACGUUCAUCCUGACUGGAAAAUGUUUGACCAAAUUGUUGUGGAAGAUGUACAAGAUGUUUUCAACUUUGAUGGACUAGUGACGUCACAUCCGGUUUAUGUACCUGUCUCUCACCCGGAUGAGAUCAAUGAAAUAUUCGAUAGAAUUUCAUAUGGAAAGGGUGCCUCCAUUAUUCGGAUGAUGAGGUUUUUUCUUGGUGAAGGAACAUUUAAAAAUGGUCUUAAGAGGUAUCUGAAGAAAUUGGAAUACAAGGCUGCCUUCCAUGAUGACUUGUGGUAUGCUCUUGGAAAUCAAUCAGCUAUAGAACAAAAGAAUGUUAAUGUGAAGGAUAUUAUGGACACUUGGACACUCCAAAUGAAUUUCCCAGUCGUCAAUGUAACUGUCAUAGCGGACGGAAACAUCCGUGUCACACAGAAAAGAUAUCUUAGAGAUUACGGCGCAGUGGAUCCUGGGAAAUAUGUUUCUCCUUUUAACUACAAAUGGGAAAUACCAUUUACUUAUACAACUAAGUCGAAUCUAAACUUUAAUCAAACUGAUAAUAACAUUCACUGGAUGCAUAAGACGGAUCAAGAAGUAAUAUCUUCAAAUAUACAGCAAUCUGACUGGAUAAUUGGCAAUGUGAUGCAAUAUGGGUAUUAUCGCGUGACUUAUAGCGAAGAGAACUGGAAUAAACUUAUUCAGCAAUUGGACAAGGACCAUAAGGUUAUUCAUCCAAUUAACAGAGCGCAGAUUAUCAAUGAUGCAUGGAAUUUAGCUAA